AUGCCUGUAACUCUUCUCUUCCUGAAAAGAGAAGACACGGCACGUAUCCAUUUCCAGCCCCUUUUUAAGUUCCCGGUCCAUGAAUCAGCCGAGAAGCAUAUAUUCUACUUACCUCGCUGCAGCGCCGAAUCCAUAACGGAAGAGGCAAAACCCUCGCAAAACCCCAAGCCCCCUCCACCGCCCCCGGCGGUGGCGGGUGGCGAUCGCGACUUCCUCCUCCACCUCGAAGCCUACCUCGCCCGGCGGGACGGCGUCGACAAGCUACUCAAGAUCUCCCGCUACGCCGCCAAGAUCGUCCUCUCCACCACCCUCCCCUCCGACUCCCUCUCCCCCCGCCUCAGGGCCUUCGAGUCCAGCGUCGGCCUCAGCCACAAGGCCUUCCGCCUCGGCAAGUUCGUCCAUGACGUCAACGCCCUCCGCGCCACCGCCGGCUCCCCGGCCUCCGCCGACCUCCUCCUCGCCGCCGCCGCCGCCGCCGCCUACGGCGGAGAGGGCCUGUACUUCUUCCUCGAGCAGUUCGUGUGGCUCUCCAAGGCCGGCCUCAUCCCCUCGGAGUACUCGAGGAGGCUCCACAAGGUCGGCGCCUGGGCGGAGCUCGUGGCGCACUUUGGGAGCGUCGCCUUGAAGGCCAAAGAGCUGCGGAAGAUCCGGUCUUGCCUCACCAAAUCCAUGGAUGGUAAGGGGAAUGGUGAGGAGCUGAGGAAGUUGCGAGAGAAGCUGCUGCUCCAAGAGAUGUGGUUGGUCCAGGAUCUCGCGGACAGUCUGAUGGUAAUCGCGGAUGUGAGCGAUGGGAAGGGGUUCCUCUCGAAUCCUCUGUUGAUGGCCUCGGUCGCCAUUCUUUCCGCCCUAAUCGGCACUUAUAAGAACUGGAUUUCUUGCUGAGAGGAGUUUCUCUCUCUGUUCCGUUCUUUGGAUACACUAGAAUAAAGUUCCUGUUUCGGGCUGGGUCGUUUGGUUCCAUAUCAAAUAUUUUAGCUGAACUCGUGGAUAUGUUGCUGUCAAGCGACGACCAGGGAUUCGAGUUUUGAGCGCCAUCAUUCCAGAGAACUUGAGGUUUUUAUUUUUCAAUAAAAAAAAUUCUCGACAUCAAAUUUCAGGGAAACCUUCGUUGCACCAAGGUAGUCUGAGCGAUGCUUACGGGAGAUUUUUUUUUUUCCUUCUGAAUUGUUAAAUAUUUUAUUUUUAGGUGCUCUUGAAUGCUGAUUUAUUGAAUUUUGGUUUAUACAAAAAAAAAAGAAAAUCCCAAUAAAAGUGACUAUUUAUGAA